GCACCAUCAAUGGUGGUUUCUGCAAUUAUCAACAGCUUAUGAAAUCUCAUUGCUUCCCACAGAUCAAAGGCUGCUUAUCGAAUUCAGAUUCCAAUCUCUCAGACCAAUUGCUGAAGCUCAAUCGCCUUCUCAAAAACCUCGUCCAUGGCGGCCGAUUCUCCGACGCCCUCCAUCUCUUCCACCGAAUCCACUCCUCCCACCGCCUCAACCCCGACCAAUACACCCUCUCCACCGCCCUUUUCGCCUGCGCCAGUCUCCCCGACUCCAUCUCCGGCGCGCAGCUCCACGCCAACUCCAUUAAAUCCGGCCUCAAGUCCUUUCCCCACGUCGCCAACACUCUCCUCUCCCUCUACGCCAAAUCGCGCGAUUUGGCCGCCGUGAAGAAGGCGUUCGCCGGAAUGAACCGCCCCGAUUGUUACUCGCGCACGACAUUGCUGUCCGCCUGCGUGAAGCUUGGCGAAUUGGACGACGCCCUCCAACUGUUCGACGAAAUGCCUGAAAGAAAUUUAGAGCUUUGGAAUGCAUUAAUCACAGGGUGUGCAGAGAAGGCUUAUGAUGAAAUGGCAAUCCAUCUUUUCCAAAAAAUGCAUCUCCUCAAUGUGAAAUCCGAUCAUUAUACUUUCGCCUGCGUGUUGAGUUUAUGUUCUUCGCUGUCAUCGUCGCCGCAGUUCGAGUUCGGAAAACAAGUUCACAGCUUGAUCGUGAAGACUGGAUUCCUACUGAAGACUUCUGUGGUUAAUUCCUUGCUCACUAUGUAUUUUAAUGGCGGCAGUCUUGCAGAUGGUUAUCUUAUAUUCGAGGAAGUCGGGUGCCGAGUCGGGGAUGCGAUAACUUAUAAUUCGAUUAUCGCCGGUUUAGCGAGCGUGGAACGGUACGAGGAAGCUUUGUCGAUGUUCAAAGAAAUGCUGACCGUCGGCAUAAGCCCGACCGAGUUAACUUUCGUGAGCGUAAUGGGAACUUGUUUUAGCUCGAAACUCGCCGAUCAGUUAUAUGCUCAAGCCGUAAAGACUAGGUUUGGUCGAUGUACGUCUGUAAACAACGCGGCCAUAAGCAUGUAUUCAAGUUGCCGGAAUUCAAAUGCCGCUCGUUUGGUUUUCGAACGAUUAGGAGAAAAGGAUAUCGUUUCAUGGAAUGCGAUCAUCGCGAGCUACGCGCAAGAGAAUUCGAGUAAAGAUGCGAUUUUUGCGUAUCGUCAAAUGCAAAGGGAUGGGAAGAAACCGGACGAAUAUACGAUCGGGAGCUUAUUGGCGAGCAUGGAUUCUCGACGGGACGUCGAAAUGAUUCAAGGAGUCGUAAUAAAAAACGGCCUCAUAUCGAAGACUGAAGUCGCGAACGCAUUGCUUUCGGCAUUUUCGAAAAACGGUCUGAUCGAGGAGGCGAGCGACGUAUUCCUCGACAUGCCGACGAGAAACUUGAUUUCGUGGAACGCCCUGAUCUCCGGAUUUCUGUCGAACGGACUGCCCACUCGCGGUCUGCGGCUGUUUUCAAUGCUGCCGGAAUUCGGGAUGCGACCAAAUCACUACACUCUAAGCCUUGUUUUGAGCAUUUGCGCGAACACAUCCGAUCUCCGGCGCGGGAAACAGGUUCAUGCGUACGUCGUUAAAUCAAGACAUUUCGUCGCCAAUACGUUGCUCGGGAAUUCUCUCAUUACAUUGUACUCAAAGUGCGGGGCGUUGGACAUGUCUCUACGAGUGUUCGACAGCAUGACGGAGAAGGAUACGGUGUCGUGGAAUUCAAUCAUCUCAGCGUAUUCGCAAUACGGCGAUGGGAAGAAAGCGAUCGAACGGUUCGAGGCGAUGCAGAGCGUCGCUACCGUUGAGCCCGACGGGGCCACGUUUACGGCAAUUCUGUCGGCAUGCAGCCAUUCGGGCUUAGUCGAAGAGGGUAUCCGGAUAUUCGAUAUUAUGGUUCAGGAUUAUCGUAUUGAGCCGGAAAUGCACCAUGUUUCUUGUUUGUUCGAUCUUUUGGGUCGAGCCGGAUUGGUGGAUGUGGCCGAGGGGAUUAUCCGGGUUCGGAGCGGCGAGAUUGAUCCCCGCGUUUGGUGGGCGUUGUUGAGCUCGUGUGUCGCGCACGGACAAGUGCGGUUGGGAAGUAUGGUUGCCGAGUUUCUUCUUGAAACGGAAAAGGAUGACCCGGCGAUCUACGUUCUUGUGUCGAAUCUUUAUGCCGGCGCCGGGAAGUGGGAACAAUCGGCUAAUCUUCGGAGAUUGGUCGCCGGAUGCGGCGCAACGAAAAUGCCGGGAAGCAGUUGGAUUGCCUCGUGACGACGCGGAGGAUCUUUUUUUUUUUACCUACACACGUACAUAUUCACGCAUUUUAUGAAACUUGAACUUUAAACUCACAGUAUGCCAAGAAGUAAUCAACCAU